UUGUUGUUGUUUUGAUUCUACAGCUGAGCUAGCCAGACAGAUAAAAUGUUACCUAGCUCGAAAGCCUUCUAAGCUUUCUGCGUCUCAACUUUAGACAAGUGUAUUUGUGAAUAAUUAUUGAAAAUGGGAGGAGCUGUGAGUACUGGUACAGAUAAUAGUGAUCUGAUUGACAAUCUAGUAGAAGCAAACUAUAUCAAAAGUCCAGAGGUACAGAGAGUGUUUCGUGCUGUGGACAGAGCUGAUUAUUACUUACCAACACAGAGAGAGAGUGCUUAUAAAGACUUAGCUUGGAAACAUGGACACCUUCACAUGUCAGCGCCUUGCAUUUAUUCUGAAGUUAUGGAAUCUCUGUUAUUGGAACCUGGAUUAUCAUUCCUGAAUCUUGGUAGUGGAACUGGUUACCUCAGUACUAUGGUUGGUCUGAUUUUAGGUCCGUAUGGUGUAAACCAUGGGGUAGAAAUACAUGAAGAUGUAGUGGAUUAUGCAAGACAAAGAUUAGAAAGUUUUAAAAUAAACAGUGCUAGCUUUGAUGAUUUUGAUUUGUGUGAACCACAGUUUGUUGUUGGUAAUUGUUUACAGUUGGUACCAGGACAGUUAUAUGAUAGAGUUUACUGCGGAGCUGCAUGCCCGGUAGAACAUGAAAAUUACAUGAAGAAUUUGAUUAACAUUAAUGGUAUUCUUGUCAUGCCUUUAAAUGACCAGUUACAACAGAUAAAGAGAACUGGAGAAACAAGUUGGGAAGUGAAGAAUGUUCUUCCAGUCUCUUUUGCCUCAUUAGUUGUUCCUGGUGAUGAUAAUAAGUCAGAUAUAGUUAUUGCACCUGAUUUCCACUUUCUGCCACUGAAAGCAGCCUGUCGUUAUAGCAUCAGAAAAACAAUUCGUACCAAUAUACACAAAGAACACCCGGAACUACAUAAAGUGAGUAAACCAAAGAAAAAGAAGCCAACAUCCUUGAGGAGCAGACGUCCUAUAAAUAUUGUUCCCAUGAGUAUGGGGAUGAUGAUAUUACGUCAGUUUGACAGUGAUGAUAGAAGUAGUUUAGGGGAUGAUGGGAUGGACUGUACUGAAGAUGAAGUUCCCAUUCCAAAAGAAACUAUUUGUACCUUCAUGAAAGAAAGAGUUAAUGAACUUCCUAUUCCUUCAACUUUGAAAUCGUACUUGGUAUAUUACAGACAGUAAACAGAGAAGUCACAACUCAAGAUGUUAAGAUUUAUUCAGCAAAAUAUAUGAGCUUUAUAGACUUGACACAUUUGAGAUUGUUAAGCAUUGCUUAUGAGGAUGGUUAGAAUUUUUCCAUUGUGUGUGCUAGUUAAAUCUCAAACUUAUAUUGUGAUAUUUGUAUAUAAUGGACAGUGUUUUAGUUACUUGAUUGAAUUAAGACUUCAGAGAUGCAAAAAAAAAAAGGAAAGAAAAGAAAAAAAAACUUAUAAAAAGAUGAGAAUUUUUGCUUUAUUAUUUGAAUCCUGUGAUCUUAUAACUAGUGCUAUAAAUGUUUACGGUAUUUAUUUAUUUUCUUUAAUAGAUAUUUUAGAACAAGAAUUCGGAUAUUUAAGAGCCAAAACUUAAAUUUCCAAAAAAAAAAUUGAUUUAUAAAAAACAAACAUUAGCAAGGGAUUAUGCUUACCUGGGCAUUAGAAACAGAGUUUUUUUUUAUUUUUGAGAAAUAAGCAUUUAUAUGAUCGUAGAUACUUUCCUCCAAUUGUUAUCAGGUUAGAUGUCGGAUUUUAAUACUCUUACAAUAGAGCUCCAUUUCAGUUAUCCUUUCAGAUGAUUACAGCAAUAUUUAGAAGGCUUUAUCUGUUUAAUCUGAAUCGGAUUUAAACAACUAUGUACACACCACUAUAAUAGGUCUUUUUUUUUUUUCAUUGUGCAACUCAUUUUUUGGGAAUAAUUCUUUUUUGAGUAUGUAAAAGACUGAAAUAAAGUAAAUGAUCUAAUACCAGAUCAAUAAUUUCUAAUAACAAUUGCCAGAGUUUUAAGGUAAAGUAAAUUGCAAAUAUGUACAAAUUAGAUACAGGAAAAAUUGUAAAUUAGUUUUUUACAUGAACAAAUAACAUCCAAAACAGUAUAAAGCAUGUAUAUUAGUGCUUUAUUACAGGUUUACAUGAUAUAAUGUUAUUACCUGGCUAAAUAAGUUCAGUAUAGUAAUAUGAAUGGAUGGUAUAUCACAAUGAGAUGUAAAUAUCAGUUAACUAUUUAUUUUUUUGUGAAUUGCCAGGUUAAAAUCUAAAUAGUAAUUUCAAACUCAUUAGAUUGCUGUAAUUGUAAAUGAAUACUAUUAUUUUGUAGCCUGAGUCUUUCAAAAUAGAUGACGGAAAAAAUCAGGAGGCUCUUGUCAGAAAAUUUACUUUUGUACAUUGUAAAUGUAUACACUGCAAUUUGUUUAAUCUGAUUGUAGUCAGACUAUCUAACAAUUUGAUUUGUGAAAUUAAUCAUGAGAAUUGUUGAUUACAUGCUUGGUCAAGAUGUUUUCUUCCAUUUUGUUUGUGAGUGUAAACAAUUUAAAAUCAGUAGGUUAAUCUUUCAUGAUACUAUUUUAGUAGAUAGUGAAGCUUUAUUCAAAUAUUGCUCUAUUCAGUCAAAUAAGAGAAACCCAGAAAUUUGUUUCUGCAACUUAUAAUUUAUGUACAAUUUGUAUAUUUGAAUGUGCCAUUAAGAAUUGCAUUUUGUAACCACCUAUUAAAGUUUAAAUCUUUGU